CAGUUCGCGACGGAGAGAGAACCAUCCAGCUCUCGUGUAUUUAUUUACAUUUUUGAAAGGACGGGAGAGUUCAUUCUGCUUUGUGUUUCCGCUGUGGAACGACUGCCACCCACCUUGCUGAGUUUUGCGAAGUUUUAGUUUCGUUUUUUUUCCAUCGCAAAUUGGACUGAAAAAUUGUUGUAAAGGUGCUAUUUAGUGCAGCGCUCAAGACUUCAUUGUAAUCUGUAACAACUCAUCAAAGUAAGCCCUGUGCCGAGCGCCCUUAUCAGUGUUCCGACCAAAGCCAACUGCGACCGCUGAUAAGUGUCCAUUGUGUUAGAGAAGUAAGGUGCCACCCGACUCUUCCAAAACAAAACAAAGUUCAUCGUCAUCGCGCUUGGUGACAGACAGACCAGUCAAAUCAAGGCGAAAACAUCUGCUCGAAGUAAACAACCUGGAUCCAAGCCUACUACUGUCUGCAAAGUCGGAUUCAGCUGUGAGUGCAUCGUCGUCGAGGUUAACGAAGAACAUCCCCCGCGCAUACAUAAACAACGCUAGAAACUUAAAAAUAAACCCUCAAACCUGUGGCCACUCUCGCUCUCGACCGUGGUGCUGCAGCUGAGUUUGUCAUCGAAACAGAGCAAAAUUCGCCUCUGGCAGCGUCUGGUCGUGGAGGUGCGUCGUGGCAUAAUGGUUGGCCAGCAGCGAUUCCGACUCAGUGAGGUCCCUCUGCUGAACCGGGACCACGUCAAGAUUCGUGACCCGGACAAGGUCGAGCACAUGCUGAACGAGCUGGUCGCGGGCGGCACCGAAAAGCUCCAGGUCGUGACGGACUUUGAUUAUACAAUCACCAAGCAGCGGCUGACGAACGGCGAGAAGAUUCUGACCAGCUUCGGGAUGUUCAACGAGUGCAGGUCGCUGCCGGCGAGUGUGCUGGAGGAGUCGAAGAAGCUGUUCCACAAGUAUAGGCCCAUUGAGAUCGAUCCGCACAUGCCGAUGGAGGACAAGGUGCGGUACAUGAUCGAGUGGUGGACCAAGACGGGAGAUUUGCUCAAAGGCUUCCCGCUUCCUCAAGAGGAAAUCGCCGAGGUGGCCAAACGUUUCAAGGACGGUCUCCGGGACGGAACUCCGCAAAUGUUCUACGAUCUGGACCAGCUCGGUGUCCCUUGUCUGGUGUUCUCCGCCGGCCUGGGCGAUUCCGUGAUAUCCGUCCUCCGUCAGGCCAACGUCAUGUACCCGAACGUGAAGGUCAUCUCGAACUUCCUGCAGUACAACCCGGACGGAACGCUCAACGGCCUCCAGGACAAAAUGAUUCACACGUUCAACAAGAACGAGACGGCGCUGAAGGGGACGGACUAUUACGACCUGGUGCACGACCGGGACCACGUGAUCGUGAUGGGUGACUCGCUGGGUGAUGCCGGAAUGGCCGACGGAAUUCCGUCCUCGUCGCACGUGCUCAAAAUUGGGUUCCUCUUUGAUCAUCCGGAACAGAACCUGCCCCGGUACAUGGACACCUUCGACAUCGUGCUGAUCGAUGAUCAGACCAUGGACGUGCCCCGAACGAUCGUCGAGAUGGUGAAGAAUAAAUCUCACAAGUAAAAAGCCAGCAACACAAAACAAGAUUCAUCAAUUCAUAAUCGUAAAUUCCUGGAAGGCUGUUUAUGUUCGUGUGAAGUUGUGUUUUUAUUCCGCCAUUGUCGUUGUUUUUUUGUUUACGUAUAGCUUGGUUUGAAAUAGUCUAGGUCGACACAAUAAUAUUGAGAGUAAAUGACACUGAGAUUUAAACAAAAACAUAUUGAAUUAAUACUGCAGACACUAAACAUACAAAUACACAAUUAACACUGACUGGUUGAUACUUAAGCAGAAGCAUUAUCUAUAGUAAAUUAUGUAUUUUACAUAUAUUUAUCUGUUGAAGAUCCACUCUGUGAAUGAAGCACAAAUAAAAGUCUUUGUGUGAUGAACGUCA